CUCCUGUGAGCAGCAGCAGCAGUUGUUUACGGGCACUGAUGUAUUUGCGGAUGAACAUCGUGUUGGCUGGCUGUCAAAAGAGCUAGCUCGGCAGGAGGGAAAGCAGCACAGGUUGUUCCAGAGGUUGCCAGAAAGGGACAAGGUUCUGUAGUGUCCACAGCCAGUCCUCAGCUCCUGCUGGUUCAGCCCUGAGACAGCGGCACCAUGGCCGACCAUGAAGAAUCGAAGAAGAUGAACGGCAGUGCGGGCCACUCUCCCCAUCUUUCAGAGCCACCCAAAGAAAGCAUGCAGCUUAAGAAGGAGAUCUCACUGCUCAAUGGAGUCAGCCUGAUCGUAGGAAACAUGAUCGGCUCUGGCAUCUUCGUCUCCCCCAAGGGUGUGCUCAUCUACAGUGCCUCUUACGGGCUGUCGCUAGUCAUCUGGGUCAUUGGGGGACUGUUCUCUGUGGUGGGGGCCCUCUGCUACGCUGAGCUGGGCACCACCAUCACCAAAUCAGGGGCGUCUUAUGCAUACAUCCUGGAGUCAUUCGGUGGUUUCAUAGCAUUCAUUCGUCUGUGGACAUCUUUAUUGAUUAUUGAGCCCACCAGCCAAGCGGUCAUAGCCAUUACAUUUGCAAACUACCUGGUGCAGCCGCUCUUUCCAACAUGUGAACCACCAUAUGCAGCAGCCAGGCUCAUCGCUGCAGCGUGUAUAUGCUUACUGACAUUCAUCAACUCUGCAUAUGUAAAGUGGGGCACCCGAGUGCAAGAUAUUUUCACCUAUGCCAAGGUGGCUGCCCUCAUCGUCAUUAUCAUUACUGGCAUUGUCAAGCUGUGCCAGGGUUACACAACCAACUUUGAAGCAUCCUUUCAGGGAUCGUCUACAGACCCUGGUGACAUCGCGCUGGCACUCUACUCUGCCCUUUUCUCCUAUUCUGGCUGGGACACCCUCAACUUUGUUACUGAGGAGAUCAAAAACCCUGAAAGGAACCUGCCCCUGGCCAUCGGCAUCUCUAUGCCCAUCGUCACCAUCAUCUACAUCCUCACCAAUGUGGCCUACUAUGCUGUUCUGGAUGUCAGUGCUAUACUGGCCAGUGAUGCAGUGGCAGUGACAUUUGCAGAUCACACUCUUGGUGUGAUGAGCUGGACCAUCCCUAUUGCUGUGGCUCUGUCCUGCUAUGGAGGCCUCAAUGCCUCCAUUAUAGCUGCAUCCAGGUUGUUCUUUGUGGGCUCUCGUGAGGGUCACCUUCCAGACGCUCUGUCUAUGAUCCACAUUCAGAGAUUCACUCCGAUCCCUGCUCUGAUCUUCAAUUGUAUCAUGUCUCUGAUCUACCUGACAGUGGAAGACGUCUUCCAACUCAUCAACUACUACAGCUUUAGCUACUGGUUCUUUAUGGGUCUGUCCAUCGCCGGCCAGAUCUACCUCCGCUGGAAAGAGCCCGACAGACCCAGACCGCUCAAGUUGUCUUUAUUGUACCCGGUGGUGUUCUGCCUAUGUGCUGUUUUCUUGGUGGCAGUACCUCUCUACAGCGACACCAUCAACUCCCUGAUUGGCAUCGCCAUUGCACUGUCAGGCGUUCCUGUCUACUUCCUGGGUGUCCAUUUACCAGAGUCCAAACGGCCGCCUAUCAUCACCAAGUUGCUGCGUUCUCUCACUCACCUCACCCAGUACACCUGCUACUGCGUACUGACAGAGAUGGACAAGAGUGAAUAGCAUCCAAUACACUUAAAAACUUGAUCCAGCAGUCUCUGCAUCCUCGCAGCUGACAGUCACCAGGGGAGCCAGACGAGGGAUUCUUCGAUGAAAAAAGAGAUUUUAUUGUACUAUUCACCGUGAUGAAGCUCCCAGGCUCCACUGACUUGUUUACAACACCGAUGAUGCUGCCACAGACGCCAUGUUCACUUGCAGAUUUAUCCUGAAACUCAAGGACAUUCAAAACCUCCAGCCAUAAGGAUAGACAGUACUGUUAUAUGGCAUAUUGUGGACAUGGCUACAGUUUAAUUUCUUCAGCACAGUAUUUAAUUAUCUUUCUAUAUAUAGAUAUAUUAAUAUAAAGGAUUUGCCUUGUUAGUUCCACAGGUAUGUGUCUAUACUGGUGCAGUGCCCGUUAAAAACGUGCGGACUGCUUGGCCUCUAGUAUUGCUGCUUGCAGCCUUCUCGAGCGCCACUCAUCCAAACUACUUCACAUUCAACACUGAGAUUCCUUCCUGAGCAAUAACCUGCCAUGACAUAGUUGCAUCCCCUAGCAGUGCUAGAAUAUACGCAUCAUUUGGGUGCAAAAGCUCACACGAACAUUUAUGGCCUCAGUGAAGUCACAGCCCGGCUGUUCAUUUCAAAAGUUACAUGUGUUAAUUGUAACAACUCUGUUCUCCUCGAUCUCGUCUUCGUCUGUUUAUGAAUGUACUGGAGUGAGCGUCGGAGAGCGAGCUGUAUCCAGCAUGCCUUUCAGAGGUGUAACAGUUAAUAGGGGUCCACAUUUCAGUACACUACACAGUGAGUACUUCUGGCAGUAGUAAUGCACUACUCAUAGAUGCGUAGAUCUGAAGAGCUUGCACUCAGCACUGCACUUCCUGGGGUCCUCAGCAAUGCACCCACCAUGUGUGAAGUCGACUGGAUAAACGGUUGUCGGACAGCACAAGCUAGGACAGAGACAUUUUUCUCUGAGAGAGACUCAGAGACUCCCUUCACUUUCACUAAAGGGGAACUUCACCCAUUUUCAAAAUUCAUACGUUAUUCCUACGGUCAAAGACAGUCCAAAAAAAUUAGUAAACAUGAACAACUCUCUAUUCAUUCAUUCGUCACGGGGGUGCUGGAGCCUAUCCCAGCUGACACGGCGAGGGGCGAGGUACACCCUGGUCAGGUCACCAGACUAUCCCAGGGCUGACACAUAGAGACAGACAACCAUUCACACGCACAUUCACACCUACGGACAAUUUAGAGUCACCAAUUUACCUGCAUGUCUUUGGACUGUGGGAGGAAGCCGGUGUACCCAGAGAAAACCCACGCUAACACAUGGAAGAACAUGCAAACUCCGCACAGAAGGGCUCUCUACCAAUUCCAAAAACUAGAGUGCUAAAACUCAAAUGUGUGAUGUCAUAGGGUAUAAAGUCUGGAGCUGCUCCAUAGACAGUGAACUGGGAAAGAUGUCCUAGAUGUCACUGAGAGCAUGCAGGGGUCUGUUGGGAGUAUAUGGGUACAUUUUCUGUUUCAGCACUGAGAUUACUACAUGAGAAUAAAGUUGUUGUUUAUAGAACAGCUCCAGACUUUAUGCUUGAUGACAUCACAAGGUUGAGACUUGCUUCUCUGAUGUCUGGCUUUCAGAGAGAGUAAAUCAUGUUAGCAAAUAUUGCUUGAACUUUCCUUGGCCAUGGAAAUAUGUUGGAAUUCAUCAUUUAGGUGGUGUUCCCCUUUAAAUGCCUUCAUAACAGUAUGUGCCGAGAGAUUUUACAGGUGUUGCAAAUGACCACAGGGACCUUUAUAAUAGUACAUUUUAUUAUAUUGAUUUAAACUAUUUUAACUGAAAGAUACUAUGUGCAGUAUGUGUGAAUGUGCUAAAUGUCACCUGAGAAUUAAAAGACAAAUCAUGACUUAUCUGUUUUACACUUCUGGAAUGAAAAAGGGAAGAUUUUGUUUGUCUGCUGCUAUGUGAAGAUUUUGAGACAUCGUCCUAAUGUUAUUGCCUUUAUGUACUUUUGGUGUCGUUGUCUGGUCGGUUGGUUUAUUUUUGGCAUUUUAAGUAUUGUAUGUUUUAAAUAAAGUAUUAGGGUUUACUGUUAACUGUCUGCUGAAUCCACUCUGUCCAGCAGUAUAGGAAGCUGUCCUGUUCUUUGUUUGACUUAAAUUGUGUGGCAAAAAAAAAUCGAUUUAUA